AUAUAACACUUGGCUAGAAGGCUUUUAUUAGCCGUAUUGCAGGAAUGGAGCAGUGCAGAGAAUCGGGGGAAGACGAGGGCCACUGAGCUCUAGGGCCACACACGGGGAGGCACAAUGAGUAGCCAGGAGGCAGACAGUAGCCUCAUGCUGGAGUUCGCUGCUCAGGCUUUCCAAGCCAAAAACUUCCAGCUGGCUAGUGAGAUCUACGAGAGGCAGCUCCAGGAGCAGAAAGCAGGGGUGGUGGACUGGGGGCUGCUGCUGAAGAGGGCAGACUGCUUGGCAUGCUCGGGAAGACUGCAGGAUGCCUGCGACUUGUUUCAGAGGGCUGCGAUGCACAAAAAGGUGUGCGCGGAGGAUCUGGAAGCUCUGGUGUCCUGCCUGGCGGAUCACAUUAGGACCAAGGAAGGGCUGCCCCCCCCUGACCAGCGGGUCGCCAAGUCGGCUGUCCUGACCUGUAGGCAGUGUCAGGGAUUCUUCUUCGAACCAGUGACCUUGCUUUGCGGCCAUACGUUCUGUAAGAAGUGCCUGGAGUGCCAAGGGGGCAGCAAGAGUGAGUGCAAAGUGUGCAGGGUGAGCACCGAGCAUCCCUUCAGAGUCAAUGUGCUACUCAGCAACAUCCUCAGCAAGUGGUUCCCCAGCCAGGUGAAAGCUGUGCGGCUCCGGCAGGAGGGCAAUGCCCUGUACAAAGACUGCAAGUGGGAAGAAGCAUUGGCCAGAUACAAUGAAGCCAUCUCUAUAGCUCCUCAAGACCAUUUACUGUACAGCAACCGUGCUAUGAUUCAUUUUAGCUUAAAGUCUUAUGGAUGCGCUUUACAAGACGCGGAGACCACUUGCAAACUCCAGCCGUAUUGGUUAAAAGGUCACCUAAGGAAAGCACAAUCCUUGGUCAAUUUAGGAAGAAGUGAGGAUUCUUUGAAAGAAUUUCUUUUCUGCCUUGCAUUGGAAACUGAGAACAGGACUGCGAAAUGUGAGGCCCAAAAGUUGCUGCUCAAUCUAUUAAGCUUGCAAAAUAACCAGGGAGACUUGCCAGAAAUCCUCCAAACAAUGUCGCACCCACUGAGAUUAAAGGGAAAUGUUCUUAAUUCACUAAGCACCCCGACCCCUAGCAGUAAUAUGCAGAGAUUGAAAAUGGUUAAUAUGGACAUUAAAAAGGGUGUAACCAUUUCAGAUGAUACAGAUCCCAAAGGUAACAGCUCAAUGUGGUUGUUACACCAAACACGAGAAAGUGAACUAAGCUGCUCAGAAAUGACUAAGGCUUUCACACCAGAACCUGCGGCACUUGUGCCAUCUGCAUGCAACACGCUGAAAAGGAAAGCCUGUUCAAAGGAAACGGAAUGCUCAUCUGAACAUAUACCCUGCAAGGCCUUGAAAAGAGAUGCUGCAGUUACUGGCACUCUUGGGAAUGAUCACUCUAGUGCUUCAUGUGUUGAUUUAUCCGAUCUGGAUUGUUCACUUUGCAUGAGGUUGUUGUAUGAACCAGUAACCACGCCCUGUGGACACACAUAUUGUCUAAAGUGUCUUGAGAGAUGCCUUGACCACAACCCCAAGUGUCCUUUGUGCAAGGAAGACCUUUGUGAGUACCUUGCAAUCAGGACAUUUUGUAAAACUGAGCUGAUGGAAGAUUUAAUAGCCAGUUACUUCCCAGAUGAACUGAAAGAUCGAAAAACAGUAUAUGAAGAAGAAAUAGCAGAGCUUUCAAACUUGAAUAAGAAUGUUCCCAUAUUUGUUUGCACAAUGGCGUAUCCAACUGUUCCUUGUCCACUGCACAUAUUUGAGCCUUGCUAUCGCUUGAUGAUAAGGAGAUGUAUGGAAACUGGCACAAAGCAGUUCGGGAUGUGUAUUGGGGACUCUGUUAAAGGAUUUGCAGACUAUGGCUGUAUGUUGGAAAUCCGAAAUGUGGAGUUCUUUGCAGAUGGCCGUUCUGUUGUAGACAGUAUUGGGAAAAGGAGAUUUAAAGUUAUAAGGCACAGUCAAAGAGAUGGUUAUAACACAGCAGACAUUGAAUAUAUAGAAGAUCAUAAGGCACAAGGACAGGAGUAUGAUGACUUGCUAACACUGCACAAUGCUGUCUAUGAUCAAGCUUUCAACUGGUUCUCUACUCUAAAGCCAGCACUGAAAAGUCGAAUUUUAAGUCAUUUUGGUCCAAUGCCUGCCAAUGAUUGUGAUAUACAGGCAAACCCCAAUGGACCCGCUUGGUGCUGGUGGAUUCUUGCAGUUCUUCCACUGGAAAGUCGGGCGCAGCUACCUUUCCUUGCCAUGACAUCACUAAAAGAUCGCCUGACAGGCAUUCGGCGAGUCCUACUGUUCAUGUGUCGAUCUCGCCCUCGAUAACAUCAUGGUGCAGAAUUCUAACUUCCUUCUUUGCCAAUAAUGAAAGUAUGCACAUUCCAAUGGCUCUUAUGAAUUCCACAUGAAGCAGCACAUUCAUGUACAUUUACAUUGUAAUUCCUUUGUUUUUUUAAAUAUGGAGGAGAGAAAAAAAACUGAAGUACAUCAGACUUUUUGUAUCAUUUUUAAAACAAUCAAUGAAUACUUUUUUCAAGGUUUUGUUAUGCAACACAUGGGUUUUUACACAAAUGUACAUAAUGCUGACUGUCAUUCCCCAUAAUUUAUUUUUUCACUACCUUUAAGGAGUCUCCAGCUUUCACUUUAUGAAACUUGUCAUGGUUAAGCUGCUAUAUUUAUUUUAUUUUAUUCAGGAGGAAAAGAUUGGAAGAAAAGCUGUUUUUCAAAGUUGUUUUUUUAGCAGCCUCUAUGUUGUAGUUUUUCCUGAUGUGAAAAACAGAGAAACUGCUCAAAACGCAACUCAUUCCUCAGUAUGUGCAGUUGAUUUUUUUGCACUGAUAUUAAAACACUUUGAACCCUGGUACAUUGUGCAUGUGUUAGCAAUGUCCAGACUUCUUGGAGUUCAAAGCAAGAACAGAAUCCUGUCCCAGUCUGUAUGAAGUCCUUCUAGUACCAAUGCUUUCUGUGUUCUGGGAGCAAAAUGGUGCAUACUGCUGACAUUAACUGCAUUCAAGAAAGUUCUAUGUAUGGAUGUUUCUAGCCAUAAAUUGUAAAAAAAAAAAAACUAUUGAAUUUCCCAAAAUAUUUCCCCUAUGUCAAAAAAGGAUAAUUAUCUUAGAGGGAUUCAACAAAUUCAUAUAUUUUAUACAUGGCAUUAUUCAUUUGUCCAAAAGGUUGAAAUAUUCUGGCUUCCAGUGUCAGGAGCAGUUAUAAACCUUGUUUUUAUUCUUUUCUGUUGUAGAGUGAGAUUCCUCAUGGUGGGGGAAUAAUGGUGAUUUGCCCUGAACCAUAGUCCAAGAAUCUCUGCCUUAAUAUAAGGUAUAUAAAUAGCAUAAUGCUGAACACUGAGCCAAAUCUAAAUCUUGAAUAAAAUUCUGGAAUGCAUAUGAAUACUGAACCUGGAUUUAGGUAUCUUGAUGCACUUUAAUACCAGACAUUUAAAGCUUACGAGUAGAAAUAGUAUCACUAAGAUUCAAGUAGAUGGGAAUUUAGCUCCCAAUCUCUUAGCCAGUGUACUGCACAAAAAGCCACUGAACCUCUAGGUAUUAUAGACGGGAAGGCUGAAAAUCUGUAACAUGUAAUGGGUCUGUACUGUUACUAUAUCCGUAACUUUAUCUGGACAUAGAUUUCAACAUGAUAAAGACAUAUAAAUCAUGAGAAUUAGUUCAGUUAGGACUUUUGCUGAACAUGCUUUUUUGCUUAAUUUUAAUUAAGAAGUAUAUAUAGUGUUUGUUAUUUCAUGCACUGAAUAGGGCAACAUCAGAAACUGAAAUUAAAGUCACAUUCUACUUUCUGUUCACAUAAGUACACAAAAACAAAUCAAGUGAGCUGCUGGUAAGCCUCUUCCUUCCCCUUUGAUAAGGGUUAAGAUGCAGAGGCUUUUCAUCACUAUUCAUUGAAUUAAUGUUAAAAAGGGGCAUAUAUUACCAUUUGAAUAUAUUGCAUAUUCCAGUCUCGAUGGUCAGUUUAACUUUAAAGAAGGCCAUAAAUACUAAACAUCUUUGUUUCAUAGCUGUACCUGUUGCCGUUGUCCUAUUGCUUUUAUUGCAGCAUCCUUGCUUGUUAGAUUUGUUAUUUGCAGACCUCUCUAUCUUUUCUAACUCGUGAUUAGGGAAAGUAAGAAUUCAUCCCCACUGAAUAUACUUACAGUAAGUCAAGAUGUGAGUUUAGAACUUAAUAUGUAAAAACUCGCCCAUGUUCUAUUCAUUCUUAUAAGAUUUUUAGAAGGAUAUAUAUAAAAGGGUAAACUCUAAAGGUGGCAGCUUAUCUGCCUGUAUAUGGGCACCACCGACAGGCCGCCCUGAUUGACAAUUGGCCUGAAAUCGAGCAGAUCUCGACCGGGUAGAUUUGAUUUUUCCAUUGGAUCAGGGACUGCAUUGGUUCAUUUAUAUGGUCCCUGAACCAAUGGUUCCUAUGCCGCCAUUUUAAUUAGCCCAAUAUCGCCCAUCCGUAGGCUAACAGUGUAUGGCCACCUUAACUGUCACCCAAUACGGUUUUAAAAAUCUCAUAGGAAUGAAUAGAACAUGGGUGAGUUUUUAUGUAUUUAGCUCUAUUUAACUCAUAUUUUGAUAAAUCUGCUCCUUACUGUGGUGUUUUUCCUAUGCAGACUAAGUACUAUAGAAACUAUCAGGGCCAAACAAGCAGAUUGUGGGGGCACAUUAAAACAUAUCAUUAAUAUCAGUGUAGCUUAAUUUUCUGUUACUACAGCAUAUUGCAAGUUUUUGAAACUGUCUAAGCUUAGGUUACAUGAGUACAACCUCAUGUGGAUGUCACUGGUGGACUGGCCAACUGCAUUCCUCUUGCAGAAAAACCACUAAUGUGCAUGAUGCGUAAUGGUCUCUGUAUAUGCAGUGGCUCAGGCAGUCAAGAACCCAGUUUGUACCUAGUCUAAACAGUUAUCUUUAGGAGUUAAACCAGCUUUCUCUUGUCUAUACUAUUGCUGCAAGAUGUAGCCUGAUUGUCAACCACGUCAGACUGACGUGUGUAAUGGUAAAAUAGUACAUGAUUUGAAAGAUUACCACCCUUUAAAGGAUUUUGUUGCCUGAGCCCAGGAGGAUUAGUCAAAAUAACUCAGAUAAUCUUUACUAUGUUCGAGCAAAAAUGAGCUUAGGGUUCCACUUGUUCUAAGCUUAGUAAAGACAGUUUGUGCAACUUGUCUACAACUAGUCUAGGAGCAUUGCUUUCCUCCCUUCUUUUCUCCCACUGUGCAUCGAGCAAAUUCCUAUAGCUUGGGUUAAAUCAAUUGCUUUAGUUGUAAAUGCUUGUAUGUCUGCCAUAUCUUCUAUUAUUCUGUACCACUUUUUUUAUAAGUUUCUGCAUAUAGUAUAUAAAAGAAACAUACACUUUAUCUUGUACAGCUAUGACAUUAUGGGGGCACAUCUUAUUUUCCAUACAGAAAAUACAGCUCUCUGCAUCCCUUUUAACUUUAUUAUUGUGAAAAAUGCCUCUUCAUGAUAGCUUCAGGGACCUGUUACAAGGGACAGUAUACAUCCAAACACCUUUACUAAAGAUUACAAACCCCUUAUUAUCAGGGGCUUCUCUGUGGACUGGUAAUUAGUUUUAUCCGCUCCUUUGACAUUCCUUGGAUUUAGGAAGUGACUGGAAGUAGUAAAGUGAAACUGGCUUAAUAUUGUUUAGUGUCUGAAGUAUCAAAAAUCAUAGAUAUUUCAUAAUUAAAACAAUAGGCAAAAAGUAUGUUCAACACAAGCCCUAUAUAUUGAGCUUAUGUUGAAAAAGGGUGUAUACUGCUCAUUCACACUACAUACUCGAGUACAGUUCAAAAGAAAUCAGUGGAUGUGAGUUCAGUGGUACUGAGCACUUGGGUUAUAUUUAUACUACUAUCAGUAAAGCUGCAGUUGGGCCAAAUUCUGUAGUAUAAAAUAGCAACUCCCAGGCUCAGUAGUGGAGGAUGCUGGAAUAUAAUUCAAUGCAAGUCCAAGGGACUCAUUUUGUCUUUUUUAGAAUUAGCACAGUGCUUUUGCUGCAAGCAGACAACACAUAUUCCUUACAGCUUCCAGAACCCUACCACAAGUCUGCUUAAGUGGGAAGCUAAGAUGAUCAGUUCAGCAACAACUGGCAUUAUAGUCUGUCACUGGCUUUACAUUUUGUUGUAGAAUUAUAAUUAACUUAUAAUUAAGUGCCUGUGUGAUAUUAAUUAAAACCAUUUGAGUUACUAUAAUCUAUCAUCUAGCCAUUGGUUCUAGUUUCCAAUUACUAUAGGGCUCUGCAGGAGUAACAUCCCGAGACUGUAGUGUAAUAAGCAUAUACAGGAAAUGCCCUUUGCUGGCACUAACCACUGUUAAAAUACAAAUCAUUUUCUUAAAGGUUCAUUUUAUAUCUCUGUAGUGCCUUUGUAAAUUCAUAAAUCUUGUUUAAUUUCUUUGUUGGCCUUGUAUAUUCCAUUGUAGAGAACCAAGAUUUUUCCUUUACUGCACUGAUAAAGAAUUUCAUUAUGUUCAGUUACCUUGCAGUGCUGUUAACUACCUCUAUAAAUAUUUAUAUUUUUUGAGCUUAAUGUGAUUUCACUGAUAUUUAUCUCUUUAGAUUAGAUGUAGAUAUGCUAGUUGUAAUGUUUAAAUUGUCCCUGUCUUGAUGUUUAAUGAUUAAAUGAAUGGCAAUUCCAAACA